GGAGGCUCAUGGGGUCCUGUUGUGUCUCCUCCCCACAGGCCUCAGACUCCACCCCCGCCCCCUAAGCGGCCGGAGAGCUGGGAGCAUGCGGGUCCCAGGGCGGCAGAGAAGUCAGAGGAGGGGGACAUGUACGAGGCGCCUCCCUGUGAGAGCCAGGCCUGGAAGGUGGCUCCAGCCAAGAGGCCGGAGGACAUGGACGGCACCUACCUAGAUCACGCCACUGCCCGGCGCUGCUCGGAGCCCUUCACCCUGCUGCCAGCCAAGUUCCUGUCGAAGCUCAGCCUGGGGCCUGGCACAGAUGCUGGCAACGGAGAGGAGAUGCCCCAGGGCCUGGCCUGCGGGAAAGGUCUGGACAGAACCUGGGCAAAGCUCCCGCCAGCUCCCGCCAGUUGCAGGGUCUCCCUGUCCAGCUCCUUCCCGAGGCCCCUGCCGACGCCUGCAGGCCCCGCUGCACCCCGGGCCUCGAGCAAAGCCCCAGCCUGGCCCAGGGGCAGCAGAUCCCUGGCAGAGGAUCCUGGCUUGCAGGACCAGGCCUGGUACGCUGGGAGCUGUGACCGGCACGUGGCAGAGAGCGUCCUGCAGGGGGUCAAUAAGGACAGCGCGUUCAUGGUGCGCCAGAGCUCAGGGCUGGGCUGGAAUCAACCAUUCACCUUGGUCGUGCUGUACAAGGGCCGCGUCUACAACAUCCCCAUCCGCUACCUGGAGAGCAGCCGCCAGUACACGCUGGGCAAGGAUGGGAAGAGCCGCGAGGAGCGGUUUGACAGCGUGGCCAGCAUCGUCCAGCACUACAGCGAGUACCCCCUGGUGCUGAUCGAGGGCAGCUCUGCCUCCAGGGCGCACACCUGCCUGCUCUUCCCUGUCAAGCCCUGAGGGCUGGGCCCGGCUGCUCCCACCCCCAGCUCUGCCAUGCGGGAUGCGAGGCUCUCUGCCCUGACUGCUGCAGGAUGGACAGCAGGGGGUGCCAGUGCUGCAGAAUGCCCCCGUGCUGGGCCGUGCAGCCCCUGCAGGGACAGGGCUUGGGGAGCUGGGAGCUCCCCCGUUCCGGCUGGAGUUACUGCUGCUUUCGCCUCUACAGCCCUGGUGGGGGCUGGCUCCUGUAGCCCUUGGCUCGGGCCCCUCUGCUGCGGUGGGGGAUUUGGAGCCUUUGGGUUUCUCUGGGUCUCGCUUGGCCUGCUGCUCAUGGUGGGACCUCCAAGCCCCUGGGGCUCCCGGCCGCGCUUGCCCCGUGU